AUGGUUCUUCCGAAUGAGUCUACCCCGUUUCAAGCGGCAGGCAACCUACCUUGCGGGAGUCCUGCUUGCCCCCAGUGCAAUAUCGGCCUUGGUACUCGAUCGCAUUCUUCGCAAUCCAGUGCUGAGGAGCCGAUGCAGCCCCCUACCGAAUCUCAACGGAAUCAUAUUCUGCAUAACAGUUUCGAAAGCACUCGUCCAGAGUUUCUUCACGAAUCACAGCUCCGGCACUAUUUGGGAAGCGCGGAGCCACCACCAUACAUCUCCACGCUAUCCCCACUGGAGACUGACCGAUACACCAGGACCGUCCAAGAAAGGAUGCACCUCCACCACCACGCUCCGGGCAGAGAAUGCAAUGUUGGCUAUCGCUGCGAGAGGCGCUUCUUCUCCACUGCACCGGGCGAAUUGAUCGAGUGCUUCGUUCCUGGUCAAAGGUCGGCGUUUGAGGAUAAUCCUAUUCCAGAUGAGUAUUGCCAAGACAUUGAUUUUGAGAUGGAUUUAAGGCCGGAAUACGUCAGAGGAUUGCGACGUCGGCAAAUAUUCUCUGAACAGCUGGGGACUUUGUUUGAAAGGAGUGCAGAACGGCGACGACGGGUUGCGAUGGAGGCGAUGCAAACGUUGGUAGACCUCGAGACGCAGAGAACAGACUCGCGCCUAGUAUACUCUCCCGCAUGUGAGUCCUAUCCUCUGGACCCUGUUGGUACUCAGGCCGCAGGUAUGGGUGAUGAAGUCGAGCCUUCCAGUCCAAUCAUCGUCAACGGCAGUACACCACAACCACCAGAUACCAKGUUGUGGAGUUACGGAGAUUCCAAUCCCAGCAUCGUCAACAACCACCAGAUGACAGGCCAUGGAGUUACGGAGGCUUCGACUCAGGCCGCAGGUAUUGGUGAUGAAGUCGAGGCUUACAGUCCACUCAUCGUCAACGGCAGUACGCCACUACCACCAGAUACCAGGUUGUGGAGUUACGGAGAUUCCAAUCCCAGGAUCGUCAACAACCACCAAAUACCAGGUUAUGGAGUUACGGAGAGUCCAACCCAAUCAUCGUCAACGGCAGUGCACCACAACCACCAGAUACCAGGCCAUGGAGUUACGGAGACUUCUACUCAGGCCAUCGCCAAUGAUCGUAUACCGCAAGCAGAGGCAUUCCAAGAAGAUCAAUCGUCCGACGAGCCCGUUCACGAACAAGCUUUAUUCCGGCGACUUCCAGAGCAGAGAGGUGAUGAAGAGUCAGGAGGAUACUGGUAG